AUGGACCACUCGAUGCACAUGCAACAUACGGAUCAUGAGCAUAUGGGCCAUGGCGAUAUGGGACAUGGCGAUAUGGAUAUGGGAGCCAAGUGCAGUAUGAACAUGAUAUUUACAUGGUCUUCCGAUAACCUCUGCAUUAUCUUCCGCCAGUGGCACAUCACUGGCCCCCUCUCUUUCAUCCUCUCACUCAUCCUCAUCGUCCUCCUCACUGCAGGCUACGAAGGUGUCAGACAAGUAACUCGAAAGUACGAGGCAGCCCAUGCCCAACGUCUGAGUGCGUUCGCAACAACUUCAUCUACAGGAGAUAACCCAAACCUAAUUCUGACCAACGCCGCCGAAGAUGGACUUCUUCCUGGAAGUAGCGAGCGCUCACCACUGGUUGUAGGAAGGGAUAACAGGGCCGCUGUUGCUCGCAAGGGCAAAUUCACUCUUGCAGCGUUGUAUGCGAUUCAAGUCUUCUAUAGCUUCUUCAUCAUGCUUCUGUUCAUGACCUACAAUGGUGCGGUCAUGAUCGCAGUGGCAGUGGGCGCUUUCGUUGGCUAUAUUGCGUUCGCCGAUGACGCGCCUGCUUCGAAGACGAUCGCUUGCCAUUAA